ACAGGCAACUAUCAUCAUGGUUAACAUCGGUGUGAACGGAUUUGGCCGUAUCGGGCGUCUGGUGACCCGUGCUGCUUUUGAGUCUGGAAAGCUCUCAGUUGUUCACAUCAAUGACCCCUUCAUUGACGUGGACUACAUGGUUUACAUGUUCAAGUAUGACUCCACUCAUGGACGCUUCAAGGGGGAUGUGAAGGCCGAGGGUGGCAAGCUGGUCAUCAAUGGCAAAGCCAUCACCGUGUCUCAGGAACGGGAUCCCAGCGCCAUCAAAUGGGGAGGUUCUGGUGCCGACUAUGUGGUGGAAUCUACCGGUGUGUUCACAACAAUUGACAAGGCUUCUGCUCACUUGAAGGGAGGUGCCAAGCGUGUAAUCAUCUCUGCUCCUUCCGCCGAUGCCCCCAUGUAUGUCGUUGGUGUCAACCAUGAAUCCUAUGACAAGGCAAACAAAGUUAUCAGCAAUGCCUCCUGUACCACCAACUGCCUGGCUCCUCUUGCAAAGGUCAUCAAUGACAACUUCGGCAUUUUGGAGGGCCUGAUGACCACUGUCCAUGCUUACACUGCUACACAGAAGUGUGUGGACGGACCAUCUGGCAAACUGUGGCGUGACGGCAGAGGCGCCGGCCAGAACAUCAUCCCAGCAUCCACUGGUGCUGCCAAGGCUGUUGGCAAAGUCAUCCCUGCCCUGAAUGGAAAAAUCACCGGUAUGGCAUUCAGAGUCCCCACUCCCAAUGUGUCUGUGGUUGACCUGACAGUCCGCCUGGAGAAGCCUGCCAAAUAUGAAGCCAUCAAAGCCGCAGUAAAGGCAGCCGCUGAGGGACCGAUGAAGGGAAUUCUGGGAUACACAGAGGACCAGGUUGUCUCCUCUGACUUCAACGGUGACACCCAUUCCUCCAUCUUUGAUGCCGAUGCUGGCAUUUCACUGAAUGAGCACUUUGUGAAACUAGUUACCUGGUAUGACAAUGAAUGCGGUUACAGCCACCGUGUGGUGGACCUCAUAGCCUACAUCGCUACCAAGGAGUAAAGUCUUUGUCACGGUCAUCCCCUCUUCUGUCACUGCAGGGCCCAGUAUCUCACCCGGUGGUUUGUCUUAAUCACUGACAGGGCCCGGAGUCACCCCUUACUAGUUCGUCUGUCAGUUUCUGUGUAUAAAUAAAUUGUGAAACACUGA